UAGAGCAGUCAAACUUGGUUGAAAUUUUGAACCCUGCCAGCAUCUAACUGCAACCACAAGAAGGGAUCGAUCAUACGUGUCACUUGUCAGCAACCGAUCAUGGGGAGACGGUAAUGGCCAACCUCUAACUCCCCACCCACGCGCCCACGCGCCUCUCCUUCUUCCCGUCGCCGCCGGCACGUCUGCCCGCCCGCCCGCGCGCGCUGUCGGUCGGUUACCUCGACCGACGUCGCGCCUAAUCAGUUGGCGACGCGUGCAGUUCCUCGUGUGGUCUUAAUCCCUUCUGCUUCGUCGAUGCAACCGAUCGGCCGGCCGGGAGAUCGAUCGACAAUUUCGCGGGGUCGAUCGGGCUGCUGAUCAGGAACUAGGAGCCACCGCGCGGCCAUUCAGCAAUGGCGCGCUGCGUGCGGUGCUGCUGCUGCGUCCUGGUGCUGCUGCUCGUCGCGCUCGGCAUCGUGGCUGCCGUCGUGUUUGUCCGCAACAGGAACGGCGGCGGCGGCGGCGGCGGCGACCACCCUGUCCCCGGCUCCGUCGACCACAAGUACGCCGAGGCCCUCGCUGUCGCGCUGCAGUUCUUCCAGGUCCAGAAAUCCGGGAAGCUGGUGAAGAACGAGAUCCCGUGGAGGGGGGACUCGGCGGUGGACGACGGGCAGGAGGCCGGGCUGGACCUUUCCCGGGGGAUGUACGACGCCGGCGACCACAUCAAGUUCGGCUUCCCGUUGGCGUUCACGGCCACCAUGCUGUCGUGGUCCGUCCUCGAGUACGGCGGCGCCAUGGAGGCCGCCAAGCAGCGGGACUCCGCCCUCGACGCGCUGCGCUGGAUCAUGGACUACCUCGUCAAUGCGCACCCCGCCGACGACGUCCUCUACAUCCAGGUAGGCGACCCUGAAGUGGACCACAAGUGCUGGGAGAGGCCGGAGACCAUGUCGGAGAAGCGGCCGCUGACCAAGAUCACCGCGAACUCCCCCGGCAGCGACGUGGCGGCCGAGACGGCGGCGGCGAUGGCCGCGGCGUCGCUGGUGUACAAGCCCAUCGACGCUUCCUACUCGUCGUCCCUGCUGGGCCACGCGGAGCAGCUGUUCUCCUUCGCGGACCGGCACAGGGCCGCCUACACGCGUACCUUCCCGGAGCUCGCCAAGUACUACAACUCCACCACGUACCAGGACGAGCUCCUGUGGGCGAGCGGCUGGCUCUUCCACGCCACCGGCAACGGCAGCUACCUCGCCUACGCCACCGGCAAGAACGGCGAGGACUUCGCCGACCUCGGCAACCCCCGGUACUUCAGCUGGGACGACAAGCGCCCGGGCACCCAGGUCCUCUUGUCGAGGGUGAGUUUCUUCGCGUCGCAGGGAGCCGGCGUCGCCGAGGAAAACGGCGGCCUGGAGUCGUACAAGCAGACCGCCGACGCCGUCAUGUGCAUCCUUCUGCCGGACUCUGAAACCGCCGCGUUCAGAACGGAAGGUGGGUUGCUGUAUGUGGCCGAGUGGAACUCGCUCCAGCACCCCGUCGCCUCCGCCUUCCUCGCCGCCGUUUACGGCGACUACAUGCUCACCUCGGGGAAGACGGAGCUCACCUGCGGCGGGCAGAGCUUCUCGCCGGCCGACCUGCGCAAGUUCGCCCAGUCCCAGGCGGACUACGUGCUGGGGGACAACCCGAUGAAGCUGAGCUACCUGGUCGGGUACGGCGACGGCUACCCGCAGCGGGUGCACCACCGCGGCGCGUCCAUCCCGGCGGACGUCAACACGGGCUGCGGCGGCCAGCAGUGGCUCGAGUCGCCGGACCCCAACCCGAACGUGGCCACAGGGGCGCUCGUCGGGGGGCCCUUCAAGAACGACUCGUUCGUGGACGAGCGGCAGAAUGUGAUGCAGAACGAGGCCACCACGUACAACAGCGCCCUCAUCGUCGGCCUCCUCUCCGGCCUCCUUACCACUUCCUCCGUCGCGCAGUCCUUGUCGUCCUGAUCGGUUCAUCGAUUGCUGAAUCCUAACCUGUUAACUGCUAGCUGACUGUUUGUGUAGAUCAACUCGUGGUCCAUCUGAAUUGCCGAACUGGUCGAUGGACUGAUCAGUCAGUGCUCAGUAGGGAGAUCACCGUGUUGUUGUGUCAUGGAGAAGUUCAUAAUGUGUACAUGCAUGUGUGUUAUGAU